CUUUCGGAUUCAGACAUGAGAGCCCAAUUCACCAUGCAGAAGAGCACAGCCCAGAUGAUCAUAGCCGUCUGCCUGAUCUGCCAAUCUUUGGCAGUGGAGGUUAAGGAUAAGGCUACACAGCCCUUAAAUAUAGACAGUGUCCAAAAACAUAAUAUCAAGCUACUCAGCGAGCAACUGAAUCGUGGCUGGCGAGCCUUCUGCGAUGCGCCCGUGGAUGAGGGUGUGAUGUCCUUGUUUCAGGGCAUCAAUCCCAGCGAUGCGCGACUCCAUGUGAUGACCAUUACCAACCAGAGUGUAGAGCUGCCCAUCAAGUCCAUAUCCCAGAUCAAGGAUUUCGACAUCAAUCCGGAGCGUAAGACCCUCAUCUAUGUGAACGCCUUUCACACGGUCGAUAGCUAUUUCAGUGUGCAGGAGCACUUGACUCUGCUGCAAAACAGCAGGAGGGAUCUCAAUGUAAUCGUGGUGGAUUUCGCAAAGGAUGUGGCCCAAUUGUACUAUGCAGUGCGUCACCAUCUCUCCGUUGACGGAUACUUCGUGUACAAGCUAGUGCGAGCUCUAAAGGAUGCGGGCAUUGCCGUGCAGGACAUCACUCUGGCAGGACACUCGGUGGGUGCUAAUAUCGCCGCACUGGGUGCCCAGCUCUUUGCCAAGGAAAACAAGCAAUUGGUGGGUCAACUGUUGGCCAUCGAUCCAGCCACCAUGUGCCGCACCACCGACAUUUGGGUAAAACAAGGUGUGGCCUCAAGAGUGGUGGUGCUGCACGGGGAGGGGGAUGUGUUUGGGGUGAGGGUGCCACUGGGUCACAUCGACAUCUACCCCAAUGGCAUUGGCUACUUUCCGAGGAGGAAGCUGCAGCCUGGCUGCGAGUCCAAAAUCUGCAGUCACAUGUAUCCAUUUGUUCUGUUCAUGGAGGCUCUCAUCGAGGGUGUGAUGAUCCCAGCUACCAAGUGCGAGAGUUGGGCCAAGUUCCGACAGGGCGAUUGCAAUUUCCAGAACACGAUCAACAUUGGACUCAUUUACCCGGCUAAUGCCAAGGGUCUGUACUUCUGCAUGACCCAACCGAAUCCCCCAUUCACCUACAUGGAACAUGGACUGCGCUACAAGGCGAGACGUCCUGAGAAAGCCUCUGAAAAGAACCAAAUUAAGUAUUAGUUUUAGCUGUUGGAAUUGUAC